UUCGAAAUUUAAUAUAUUAUUUUUUUAGAUCAAAAUAUAUAUAUAUAUUAAAAUGUCGAGAGAGUCCGGUAGAAGGUCCGUGGAUAUGGGCGCCGUGAACCGAAGUUCGAGUAGAGGCAAAGCAAAAGUCACCUCCGACGGUUCGACCUCACGCGUUUCUCGAGGAAGACACUCCGUCUCUUCCUUUCCUACUAUCAUCACUUAAUCGGGGACGCUAUGACGGAUGAAGAAUUCGACCAGAUUUAUUCUGGUAGAGGGGACGCAAAUCUCCCCACUCUUGAUAGUGUAUUCGAAGAUAUUGAUGAAGCAAAUCUGGAUAAUCUGGACGGGGACGAUGAGCCUACACCGCAGAGCAACGACGUCGACGUGGAGGCAGGUGAGCCCGCGACCUCUCGAGGUCCGGAUAAAGGUAUUAUUUGUGAUCCACGCUUUAAAAUUGAAAAUUAUAAAAUUUUAAUUGAUUAUUACUACAAGUGUUUUUUAGAUGAAAAUAGUUAUUACUACUCUUAUUUAGUAGAAUGGAAAAAAGAAAGAGAUAAUGCUGUAACUUUUUUUGAGAAUUUGUUUGAGGAAUAUCAAGGGUUAUACGGCACUGUACAAGAAGAAACAGCACCACCUCCGCCCCCGAAAUCAAAAAAAGGUUUUGCCGGAAUAGUCGGUGGGCUUCUUGCAAAGAAAGGGAAGCGUGCUCAUUCUUCGACGAGUUCAAGUGGUACAACAGUAAGCUCGCACAACGAACUUGCUAUGUACCAGGGUGUGCCAUGCGAUUACGAUGAAGACGAAGUGGAUUUUGACGUGCUCGGAUGGUGGAAGCGGAACGAACACAUGUUCCCAUGUCUCGGCAUGCUAGCAAGACAAGUGUUAUCCGUUCCGGUAUCAACCGUAGCAGUUGAACGAGAAUUCAGUGCUGGCGGCAACAUUCUAACCGACUUUCGAAGUUGUCUUAGCGCUGAAUCUCUUGAAACACUUGUUUGCAACCAAGAUUGGCUCUUGGCAAGACGUCGAGCUCAAGAGUCAAUGUACCAACUCGAAUCGGAGCAUUACAUGAAUGCAACAACAGAUGGAAGUCUGAGUUCUGAAGAAUAAGUUAUAAUUUUUUUUGUUAAUGUAAAUAUGUAAUUAGUUUUUUUUAGCUGAGCGAUAUAUAAGCUCUUUCGAGAGUUUCCUUACGGUUCUUUACCUCGUCGCUUUUUUUGAACCGUCAGGAUAUUAAAUGUGGUUGUUCUUU